AUGUAUAUUCAUGCCGCAAAUAUCCUCGACGUCACGAUAAUUUCAGGCUCACCAUACUCAUUUAUCCUCGACCUAAGUUCAGAUUGUCGCCAGAUAAUCAGCUACAUUAGUCACAAUUCCGUGUGCUCCCAAAGCUUCCAACCACGAGUUGAGCACGAGCAUGGCCCUAUCAGUCAUCAACUCAGUUCUCAUGAAAAUAUGAGAGCUGAUGGCAUUUACUUGCUUAUUUAG